UGCUCCUCCGGAAUCGGCAUGCACUUGGCUGUUCGCCUGGCUUCUGACCGUUCCCAGAGCUUCAAAGGUAUAGGAGGGGAAAGACCUGGAGGCCAGGGGAGAGCCCCCAGAGUCUGUAAUGCUGGCCGCGGCUUGUUUGGGCCGCUGGAAGCGCAUGAGUUGAACGCUGUGGAUGCUGUGUUGGACGUGAAUGUGCUUGGGACCAUUCGGAUGCUGCAGGCCUUUCUGCCAGACAUGAAGAGGCGCCACUCUGGACGUGUGCUGGUGACCGCAAGUGUGGGAGGCUUGAUGGGACUGCCAUUCCACGAAGUGUACUGUGCCAGCAAGUUUGCGCUCGAAGGUUUGUGCGAGAGUCUGGCGAUCCUGCUGCCGCUCUUUGGAGUCCAUGUGAGCCUCAUCGAGUGUGGGGCAGUGCACACAGCCUUCUAUGAAAAGCUGGUGGGCGGCCCCGGCGGGGCUCUGGAAAGAGCAGAUGCCCAGACCUGCCACCUCUUUGCGCACUACCUGCGUGGUUAUGAGCAAGCCCUGAGCGAGGCGCAGGACCCAGAGGAGGUGACGGAGCUCUUCUUGACUGCAAUGCGAGCCCCGCAGCCCGCGCUGCGCUACUUCUCCACGAACCGCUUCCUACCCCUGGCCCGAAUGCGCACAGAGGAUCCCAGUGGCAGCAGCUAUGUCGCGGCCAUGCACCGAGAAGCCUUCUCUAAUCUGCAGGCCCAGGAGAAUGCCAAGGCUGGGGCCCAAGUCCCGGGGGUCUCGGGGGUCUCGGAUAAGGCCUCCAGCGCCCUCAUUUGCCUCCCUGAAUGUGCAGUCCCUAGGGUGGCAUCAGAAUUGGGAUGGUCUGCAUCAGAUAAACCAGGUCAGGACAAUUCAUGUUACCAGCAAAAGAUCUAAGCCAGGAUCUCUUUUUUCUUAUUUUAGAAUGUGUUUUGUUUUAAGACAGGGUUUCACUAUGUAGCCCUAUGUUGCCAGUAACUUAUAAGGAUCCACCUGCCUCUGCCUCCUGUGUGCUGGAACCUUAGAUGUGUGCAACCACACACUUCUCAGAAUCAUUUGAAAUAGUGCCAGCAUCUUCAUGGGUCAAGAUGAGAGGGCUGAUAUCCAAGGUGCUAGGCUAAGGUUUUUUUUUUUCUUCCAAUAAAUUUAUUUAUUAUUAUCAUGUAUCAUGCGGAGGGGGACACAUUCCAUCGUCGUAGUCACACAGAGCACGGAGAUCAGGUGACAAGUGUGUACUCUCUCCCACUACAAGGUUCAGUGAUUGAACUCAGGUCUUCAGGAUUGAACUGUAAGAGCUUCUAACCCAUAAGCCAGCAAGUUGGGACCGGCUUUAACAACCACCACUGAGUUUUGUUGAAUAGCGUUGAAUAGCUGGCCUUGAAACUGCUAUGUUACUAAGGACGACUGAAAUGUUUAAUUCUCUCUCCCCUCCUUGUGAAACUAGGGGCAGGCUUGUGGUCCCCAUCACUAACACAUAAUCAUGUGUUCCCAUGUGUAUGGGCAGGUGUAUGUGUUUGUGUGUGUGUGUGCACAUGUGUGGAGGUCCACAGUUAAAGUCAGGAGUCUUGAGUUGCUCCUUAUUUGUUGACCCAGAGUCUCAAUGGACUUGGAGCCUAUGAUUCCAGCUUGUCUAGACUAACAGCUUGGCCCCAGGAUCCUAGGUCCCUGUCUGCCUAGUGCUGGCAUUACAAGAGGACAUGAAGGGAAGACCUGGGUUCCAGGGAUCUGAAUGGGGUUCUCUGGGCUUUAUCCAUGUGCCCCUGAAUCCUUUCUGUUUUUCAUCUGUAUACACGUCUGAUCUCAUGACCUCCUUAAAAGCUUCAUUGACAGUUGUUUUUUGUUGUUUCUUUGUGUUUGUUUUUUGAGACAAGGUUUCUCUGUAGCCCUGG